AUGCCAGAAGCGUUGAAUGAUGUGUGCGAAACAUAUGGUUCAUUGGCACGUAUUGGACCAAAUGAUCUUAUUUGUAGUGAUCCUGAUGUCAUUCGACGGAUGGGUACUGCAAAGUUAGGAUAUCGUCGAUCGAGAUUUUAUAGUUCUUUCGCUUUCAAUCCUGAUCAAGACACUAUGUUAUCGACUAUAGACGAGAAAAUUCAUACCGACCUGAAAGUGAAGACUGCUGCAGGUUAUUCGGGCAAAGACGUUGAAAACCUCGAGCAAUCAAUUGAUAGGCAACUUAAUGCGUUCAUUGAUUUGAUUGAGCGAAAAUACCUUUCAACACCAACCAAUUUCCGACCUUUUGACUUUGCUAAGAAGAUUCAAUACUUCACAUUGGAUGCAAUUACAGAUAUCGAUGUGGCUUUUGGGACGCCUUUUGGAUGUGUUGCUCAAGAUGACGACAUGCAUGAUUACAUCAAGACUGUUGAACAAUUACUACCGGCUGUUGUUGUUGCAGGAGUCUUGCCAUGGUUGUUAACUCUAUCACGAAGUUUUAUCUUCAAACCAUUUCUACCAACAGAAAAAGAUAAGCUUGGUUUUGGAAAAAUGAUUCAAAUCGCUGUUACGGACACGACUGCCAUGGCAAUUCGAGCUAUGUUACUUCACAUUACAACUUCUCCAACUUGCUACAUGGCCUUGCAAGCUGCUAUCGAUGAAGGCGUCAAAAAUGGCGAAAUCUCCUCCCCAGUAACUGAUAAUGAAGCAAAAGCCAUUCCUUAUUUGCAAGCAGUUAUCAAGGAAGGUCUCCGGAAGUUUCCUGUAAUCGCUGGACUUCUACCAAAAACGGUACCUGAAGGCGGCGAUAUCAUUAAUGGCUUUAGUAUACCAGCUGGAACCGACGUUUCACUUAGUUUGAUUUCUAUUACGCAUUCGAAAGCUACGUUUGGGCCAGAUGCCCAUAUCUUCAGGCCAGAAAGAUGGCUCGAAUGUGACGACAAUGAUAAAUCAAGAAAAAUGACUCUCGCAGCCGAUUUAGUUUUUGGGUCCGGUAAAUGGUCUUGUUCCGGGAAGAAUAUAGCCAUGAUGGAAAUGGGAAAGGUUCUCGUAGAAAAGAUCGAUAUAUCCUUGGUGAAUCCGAUCAAGCCGUGGAAGUCGUUCAGUGCUGGGGCAUAUAUACAAUCCGAUCUUUUUGUUCGGUUCGCGAAGAGAACACAUUGA